CAGGAAAGUGGGCGUGCAGGAAGGGAUGGGUGCCAAAGUAAGUGUAUAUUAUUGUUUAAUGGCCUGCUUUCUACACAUUGUACACAAGACAUGAAGGAGUUUCUUCGUAGUGACAAGACAUGCAGAAGAGAAUUGCUCAUGAAAGCAUUUGGAUACCAGCAUGUUGCAUCAAAUAGACACAGUUGUUGUGACAAUUGUGCAAUCGCAUGUGAAUGUGGUGAAGAUGAUUGUAAGUCAAACAUUGGACUAAAUAUUCCAGACUCAAAGACUAUGACCUCAGAUGAAAACACUGGAAAAACAAGACCUGUCAGUCAUGAGCAGAAAAAUCUUUUAAAAGCCAAGUUGAAAGAUUUUAGGAAUCGUCUAAUAAAAGAACAAACACAACAAUUGAGUAACACAGUGUCAUUACCAACUGUUCUACUUGAAUUUGGGAAUACACAAAUCGUUAGUGUUAUUGAAAACAGUAACAAAAUAUUUACUAUUUGUGAUGUUAAGAAGUAUGUUGAAGUGUGGCGUGAACAACAUGCAUGUGGAGUAUUAAAAGUUCUUGAUGAGGUGUUUGGUGACAUUGGUAAUAUUCCAGAUUUGUCUGACUCAAUGUGUGAAGAACUAUUUGGCACUAUGGAUUGGGAUGAAAUUAAUGAUGACUCAAGUUUGUUUUCAAUGAUGGAUUCACAGGAUGAAGACAUGGAUGAUGGCACCCAAGAUGAAACUGGAGAAGGGUCAUUAAAUAAGAGCAGUUUUUUCUGUAAUGUGAACCUUUAAUUGAACUACUGUACUGUACUCAGCAAGAACAUUUUCAUGAAGGUAACUAUUACUAACUUUGCUAUAUAACACAGUACAGUAAUACUACAUACUUGACAAGUGCACUUAGGCUUUCCCAAUAAUAUUUACAAUAAUCUUUUUUUCAUUCCCAAUGGACAAGGUUUUUAAAGUGCCUAUAUCAUGGUUUUGGUUUUAGGGUAUUUUAAGACACUUUGCAAUAUAUUUUGUUUUUGAAAAAUUUCAUCUUCAUGGAUUUAUUAGCUCUUAAAGUUACCGGACAUGACGUCAAAAGGAGAAGUUUGUUGCAAUAAUACAAAGGAAAACUGAUUUGCAAUUCUCCUUUUGACGUCAUGUCCGGUAACUUUAAUAGCUAAUAAAUGCAUCAAGAUGAAAUUUUGAAUAACAAAAUAUAUUGCAAAGUGUCUUAAAAUACCCUAAACUUUCGAGAUAUGCAAACUCCAAAACCAUGAUAUAGGCACUUUAAUAAUUCUUACUCUAGCUUGCAAUUUUGUGAAACUUUGAAAACAUGUGUGAAACUAACUAACAAGGGAGUAAACAUUAAUUUUACUUGGCCCUAUGUAAUUACUUUUACUAACUGCACAGUUUUAACUGUAGUUUUAUCUUAUAAAUAGUUUUAUCAUCCUUAGUUGUAAAUCAAUAGUUAGUACUAAUAUUGUAAUAUUUGACUCAUUUCAGCCAUUGGCUGCAAAGUUUUAUAAUGAUAAUAUUAAGGACAGGAGUGCCAUGCCAAACUUAGUGGUGUGUGUGUGUGUGUAUGAUUACACACCUUUCUUGGGAAGGCCUGGGUGCACCAAAUGUCAUUUCAGUUCAUUAAUAACUGUAAAUGACUAAUAUGAAGUCAAUGCUUAACAUGAAAUGGAAAUCCCAGUAUUAUUUAGUACCAAAGUCUUAUCUUACAGUAUGCAUGCUAUUGUCUGCAAGGAUGCUAUUUCUAUCAUCUAGCCCUUCUUUGCAGUAUAAUAUUUUUCUUGUGUUCAUCUAUCCAAUGAUACAUCUUUUGCAAAGCAAAUCCAGCUAACAAGCUAGAUUUAACCCCCCCAUAAAAGCUAUAAGACCUCCCAGGUACUCUGACCAGAGCCUGUUGAUGUAGUAACUCCUUGACAAUCGUUUGAAGAUCUUUAGCGGAAGAUUUUGGUACAUGCUUUCCUGAUGGUUUGUAGCUUUUUACUUCUGCGUCGAAGUUUUCCAUGAGGGCUUUGGUUGUUUUCAUGCUGCGACAGAUUCGAUCAAUCGAUUUCUUGCUUCCAUUUGGACCAAGUUUCUUAAUUGCUUCUUUUACGAUUCUGUUUAGGAAUUCAAGAUUCAGAUCAAGAGAUAUAUUUGCUGAUCCCACCUUUGACUUUAUGAACCUGUUCCAAAUUAGUUGGUGUGCUGAACGGGGAGAUAACAAAGCAUAAAUUUGGAACAUCAGGUAAAGCACCUCUACUGAGUAUUUCUGGCUACCAGAGUCGUGUUUCAGGUAGAGCAGAAGAAAUUUCCAACACCGAAUUACCCUUAGGCCAUCACCU